AUGGCGGUAUGCAUUCCCGACCCGUCGUCAGACGAUCUGACAGGCUCGAGCGUGGUCGGAAUGAGCGACAGCACCAACUUCUUGAGCGCUGCCAGUGGCAGCAUCGAUGAUGAAUACAUGCAGCUUGAGAACGAGUUUCCGGGCGCUGUAGCUAUUUCAACAGGCGUGAACGUGCUGUCUCUACUGGGUUUUGCCUUUAUCCUUGUCACAUAUCUGCUCUUUCCGCCGGUUCGCAAGCAACACUCGUCGCUGCUUGUAUGGGUCGCACUCAUGGGCAUGCUUUAUCACGGUACUGUACUUACUCAAACGUCCGCAACCUUUGGCACCUGCUGCUCCACAGCUCCCCUGGUGCAGAUUGCGCUGCUUGCUCAUGAACUCUACUUUUUUGCACUCGCGUUUAAUUUCUACUUCACGACCAAGUUCCCUUUUCGGUCGUCAAGAUGGUUAAAUCCGAUUUACCACAUCGUGGUCUGGGUUAUCAGUGCUGCUGUCACUAUCGUUGCUUGGCAAAUGGGAACAGGCCGUGUGAGCUCCUACGGCUUUUGCUGGUACGCGGCUGAGAACGACAGCUACAACGACGACGGCGAGUUCUUCUUGCUGAAAAUUUUUUAUAUCCCAGUAAGUGCAGGGUAUUGUGUAAGCAUUGGCUGCUAUAUUUUAGCAACUAAACGUGUUCGUCUCACCAUAAGUGGGAAAACCCGUACGAAUUUGGAUCUUAUGCGCAGCUUCUUAUUCUGUAGCUUUUCACUAUGGAUAGUUGUGACGAUUCCAUUUAUUUUGCGGCAUCGUAACGUGGUUACCACAAACUCAUUCGGCGAGAAGACACUUCGUUUCAUAGGUAGAUUGGCAAUCGCAUCCCUAGGCUUUGGUAGCGCAAUACUCUGGACAAAGUCCGUGAGUACACUGAAGACUUUUAAGCUAUGGCGACAACGGAAUUGGGACGAUUACUUCAAGGUGUACGACGCCUCGUGGGUACUUCGCCGUAAUAUAUUGUACUUCGCCACACAGGGUAUCCAGCAAGGUGCAGGUAAUGCAAAAGGCACUCCAGAAAACGAGAGCGUCAAUCCACAUACCGAGUCGAUCUUCUCGUUCACGCAGUUGUCGGGGAUCUUUCCAUGGCAGCUACGACUUGGCGCUGUAUCGCAAACUCCGAGUGUAAUAUCAUUCGAGCUGGAGUCUAAUAUAUCAGGUCAAAAGGCAAUCUUCCGUGAUUUUGAGCCCGAAGUGUUCCAUGAAAUUCGUCGUAUGGCUGGCAUCACUCGCGAGAGCUACAUGCAAUCGUUUGAGGGGAGCACACGCGAACGCUUUAGCGAAGGCAAAAGUGGAUCAUUCCUCUACUAUACGGGUGAUCAGACAUUUAUCCUCAAGACGUGCACGCCAGCUGAGCAGAAGUAUCUUCUGUAUAUUCUACCGCAGUAUAUGGCACACCUUCGUCGAAACCCAAGUAGUUAUCUUUGUCGUUAUGUGGGCUGUCACGAGCUAGUCAUGGAGCACCACUCGGUUUUGUUUAUCGUGCUGACGAAUAUUCUAAACAAUCCCACUGUGAACAUUGAUGAGCUCUAUGACCUCAAGGGUGCAUGGGUUGGUCGUCACCGCGGAGACUCCCCUAGUGGAACCCAGCGGGUAUGCAAGUUCUGUGGCCAUGAUUUUGUUGUUGGAAUGUCCGGGGAGGUGUGCUCCCAAAACCCAAAUGCAGGAUAUGGUCAUACGGAAUUUGUAGUAGGAAAAGAUCUUAACUGGUCAUGUCGCCGACUUGGUCUUCCCAUUGAUGUCGCUGAGCAGCUGGGCAGUCAAUUGUAUGCCGACACGGAAUUCUUACAGCGCAUGAAUUCGAUGGACUACAGUUUGGUGAUUGGCUUGAGUCGUCAAAAGUCGUUCUCCUCUGUAAGUGGAGGGGGAGCGAUACUCUCACGUAGCGGUGGAUCACCACUAAAAGGUAAUGUAUUAAUUGGUGGGAACAGCAGCGACGAAGCCGGCUACAUGGAGUUCAUGAGCCCUAACGGGUCUACAUUCCAAGGACUUAGGCUUCCCAAAAGACACAUAUCGGCGUUCUCAACAGACGCAUGCGUCGUUAACAUGGGGAUAAUUGACAUUCUGACCCCAUGGUCCUGUAAGAAAAGUCUUGAGCGUUGGAUGCGCGUGAAUUUGCAAUGUCGUGAUGCCAAGGGAGUCUCGUGCAUGAAGCCAGUUCCAUAUGCAGACCGCUUCCGGCGUAACGUCAUUGACACUGUCAUUUUUGGUCGCCGCUUAGGCUGUAAGAAACGCCUUUCGGAGAAAAAGCAAGGAGAGUCGAUUAUGGUGGAUUUUUCGAGCAUGUCAAUGGACGUGAAUUUUUCUAUAGACAUUGCAAACCUGUCAAUGGACACUAUGUCAAACCUUUCCAUGGAGAUAUAG